CAGAGUCGUCGGCGUCUCUGGUGUGCUGAGAGCUGAGCCUAACAGGUCUGUGCUCUACUAAACCCAGUCCAGCAUUGAUCUACAGAGAUCUCUGCAUUAUCAUGAGAAGGUGAAGCCCUGCUUUCUGGAGCCACACUGGAAGAGGAUUUCCUACAGCCUGUGGACAUUUGCCAAUAGUGGUGAAGACAGAAAUAUGAUGACAGUGAAAGCUGUGAGGGGAUGCAUUUUAAGGAAUAUAAUGCUUCAAACCCAGAUCUUGUCAUCUUUUGGUCAUACAAAAAAGAAGAGGCGAGGAGGGUUGUACUGAAAGUGUUGUUUUAACCAUAUCCUCAACACCCUAUCAGAAGACAACACACUGGAGCUGAACGCUUGCAGCAAUUGCAUCCCAAAAAGGAAAAGUUUUCUUCAGCUAUGAACGGGAGAUCAACAAGUUGAUUGAUUCAUUUUACCGAGACUAAGAGACCAUCCAUCUAUCCAUAUGGAGCUACGAGGGACCCUGGACCUGAGGGGUCAGGGGUUAGCGUUUAGCACGCCAGCUCUCGGGAUUCCAGCAAAUUCCAUAAUAUCGGCAGUGCAGCAGCGGGAAUACUCAGCCGGUGUCUGGCUUCGCAGGAAGGACAAACUGGAACAUUCUCAGCAGAAGUGCGUUGUGAUCUUUGCCUUGGUGUGCUGCUUCGCCGUACUGGUGGUGCUGAUUUUCUCUGCAGUGGACAUUUGGGGCGAAGAUGAAGAUGGGAUCACAGAGGAGAACUGUAGCAGGAACUGCAGAGUGGUGCUUGUGGAGAACAUCCCAGAAGACAUCUCCUUCUUAGACAAUGGUACAUCUAAUCUCCCGCUCUUAGUGGGGUUGUACGACUUGCUGGACCGAGCUACCCGGGUCGUGGAGAUAGUUUCCCCGCUGUGGCUCCUCAACUCCUCCGAUUAUGAAUCCAGCUUCCAGCCUGCUGCCAGACAGGGCAGGGCUCUGCUGUCCAGGCUGCAAGGGCUGAAAGCUAAAGGAAUCCAGCUGAAGAUCUCCAGCGGGAUGAUCGACUCGACUGAGCUCGGCAUGCUCGCCAAACACAAUGCUGAAGUCCACUAUGUGAACACGACAGCGCUGAUCAACGGCCACCUCCAAUCCUCCUUCUGGGUGGUUGACAGGAGACAUUUCUACAUCGGCAGCGCCAGCAUGGACUGGAGAUCCCUUGCCACAAGGAAGGAGCUGGGUGUGUUGGUGUAUGACUGCAGCUGUUUGGCUCUGGACCUCCACAAAGUGUUCAGCCUCUACUGGGGGCUCCAGUACAGAGACUUCAUCCCCUCCUUCUGGUCCAAGCGUGUCUUUGCCCUCUUCAACAGGGACGUGCCACUGGAUCUCACUCUCAACAGCACAAAGGCUCAGGCCUACAUCUCUACCUCCCCGGAUGAUUUCAUCCCCAAACAUCGUACUAAUGAUCUUGAAGCCAUUUCCAGGGUCAUCCAGGAGGCCCGCCAUUUCCUAUAUAUCUCCAUCAUCGAUUACCUGCCCCUCUUCAACCGCAACGCUCACAGGUACUGGUCCCGUAUCGACGGUCUUAUCCGGGAGGCUCUGAUCCUGAGGAAGGUCCGGGUCCGUCUGCUGAUAAGUUGCUGGGAAAAGACUCAUCCACUUACUUUCAACUUCCUCUGGUCCCUGAGGAGUCUGUGCAUGGAGCAGGCCAACUGCUCACUGGAAGCUAAGUUCUUCAACCCCAGAGUGCAGAGGGACGGCAGUCUCCAGGGAAUAAACCACAACAGGUUCAUGGUGACGGAUCGAGCCAUUUAUUUAGGUAACCUGGACUGGGUGGGGAAUGAGUUUACCUUUAAUGCAGGAGCAGGCCUGGUGAUCAGUCAGCCAGAGGGCUUUGAGGAGAGGAACUCUACGGUGGUGGAGCAGCUAAGAGCUACAUUCGAGAGGGACUGGUUUUCACCUUACACCCAAUUACUGCAGGCCAAUAACAUCCCCGUCUGCAACAAGCACCAGAUCAACAGUGGACCAGUGCCUAUCAGAGUGGGCCAGCACGAUAACGGACCAGCACCAAUGAGACACAACCACAAAUAUGAUGGACAGACGCCAGUUAAAACUAAGCACCAUGACGACAGAACAAGCAAAAUUGGUCACCAAGGAAAGGCCAGUGGACUGGGGCCAAGUAUAGACAGUUACCAAGAGAGGGGACAAGUCAAAAUGAGUCACCCUGACAGCAGACAGGUACAAGUCAAAAGUAAUUACCGUGACAAUCCAAUGGAUCCACCCAGUCAGCCGGCUGAAAGCAGCGGCAGCAGAGAGAUCUUCAAUGGGUCCCUGUGACCACGGAGCAUGAUGAUGAGAACUUCCAGUAACAAUGGACUUAACACACUGGGUCUUUGUAGCAUUCUAUUGUUGCCAUUUUGAAGAAAACAAAAACUUUGAAGAGUUAAGUAAUAUGUGGUUUGAAGGACUUGAUCGUGUUCACGGAGGAACUCAGGAAGGAACGUAAACUCACCUGCAGUCUCGCACUUUUGAUGGAUUUCUUUUAAAGAAUUAAAGAAACACUGAUUGAUACACUGUAAUAAUAACUUAGAACCAUUCUACUUAUGUAAUAACUUUUUGCUCAUUGUUGAGAUCUCUUAAGAAAAGGAUUGAUUGCCUAAUUAUGAUAUGUCACUUUAGAUGUUGUGUGGCAGUCAUCUUUUAUCACCCUUUAAAAGGGGGAAAGAUGCCUGGAUGUCUAUGCAGAGAUGGGAAAGCAGUGAGGAUGUGUAGCUGCACUCGCUACAUUUAGCAUCAAAGAUGCACUUCAAAGUAUUGGAAGAAUCACUACACUUAGGCCUACUGUACUCCGAUUGGUUGUGGAUACUUUGGCCUCAUGUAGACCAAAUCAACCUAAAACUAUCAGUUAUAUAAACUGUUCAUUUAUUCCAAUGUCAAAUGGCAUUAAAGAACAAGACAACCUUAUGUGUACACAUUAGGUUUUUAUUGUUGUCACACUAAAACCUGACAAGCAUUACCAUUGGUCCUGUAAUGGAUAUAACCCAUGACUCAUUUUGAGUGGUGACCCACAGUUGAGGAGCUGGGGCUCUAAAAGGAUUGAUUAAAUCAUGUCCACCACGUCUGAAUUUCAAUACCAGAAGCAAUGAACACGACACAGACAGCGGUUACAUAAUCCAGGACAUGAUGUGUCAUUUAUCGCCCCACAGCGCCAUGUGUAUAUCAAGAUGUUCUGUUUUAUGGAGGUCAUAAUUGAAUUAGAUGACGCACCUAUUCUGCGUCAUCUGUUGCGUUUAUUACAACAGAUGACGUUUUUAUUUUGUGUUUAUUACAUGACACCAAAUGCACCAUGGCGUGGAGUUUUUUAAUCAGUAGCCGCCAUUGAAAAACUACAAGUAUGUUUCCCUGGAGGAAGAGGGGCUAUUGAUCUGGUACGGCCCUUAUAGAAAAUCAAUCCAGUUCUAAUAUACGAACCCAAGGAAAAUGAGACGAAUUAAAUAGAUAUCUACAGUAUUAUUUCAAAUGCACUCUUGUGACUUAUUGAACAAAUAGGGACCAGAGGGUCUCUGCUGUCAGCCAAAUCAAUACAAUGAAUUUUUAACAGAGCUUGACAGUUUCAGUUGCUGCAGUUUAACCUCAAGGACGUUGUUGCCUGUAAUGUCUUGCCUGUUACUGAACAUAUAUUACCUUUACCGUCUGGAGGUGGAGAGACAAAUACAUGAUUGUUAGUAGAGAACAACUUAUUAACUUUUGACUGAAAGCUUGUAGCGACUUUCAUUUGCAUUUUUGAAUGAUUGCAUGUCAGUUUAAGACCUUUACACACUCUUUUCCGUGAGUGUUUUUGCAACAAUGCUUGUGAGUUUGUAAUGUAGGAACAUUUUUUUAACUUCCAAAGCCAUGUCUCCAUGGACAAUAUGCAGGGUGUAAUGGUCAGUGCUUUAAUGUAGGAGGAGCACAGGUGAAAUGAGGGUUUCGUCUGAAUUCACUUAGCAGGAAGAACAAUUGCAUGUUUUAAUUCUGCAGGGAAACUGAAGUCCGAAUACAUGGAACGUUUAGCUGGAACCAGAAAUAAUCGCUUAUUUCGCAUCAUUUUUGGUGGAUAUCGCCAGUAUUCUGCAUACAGUAUGUGUGCCUGCUCUUUUAUUGCUACAGGUUAAAGCCACCACACAGACCCAGUUUUGGUCACACAUGUGCUUCACAACAUGUUCCCUAUAUGCACAGACAGGACGCAUGUAGCUGACCCACUGAUGCCAGUGGAAAAUGAAACAAAACACACCACUUGACAAUGACGGAUAAAUGCUGCCAUCUAAAGGAUGUUUUUAGAGAGGACAUGUCGUCUCAAUUAUACAAAGGCAUUUUUAAAAUACAUUGUUCGGAACUGCUGUCUGUAUGCCAAUUCUUAUAAAAUGUAUAAAAGGCAGUGACAUGGGAAUGCAACUGAUUUUCCUGCUUAAGUUUGAACUGAAAUGAUGUUGAUAGCUAAUAUUUCUUGAUAUGAGGUGAUCAGAAGAUCGUUCUUUCUAGGAUAACACAUAUUGUACUCAGAAUAGUUAAUAUAUAAAUCAAUAAUUAUGUAAUAAAUAUAACAGCUCCGUGAUUAAUUGUAAUAUGCAUAAAACAAAAAACAACUUUCCCAUGCUGCUUUCUCUCCAAACAUCUCAUGACACUUAUAUGACACUUAUAUGCAGCAAACACAAUAAUCUGCUUCAUUUCUUGAACAGCUUCUCCAUUCAGAGUGAGAUGAACUCUCAAUAUUGACGUCCACAUAUUUUCUUGCGAAGCACUACGUCGACGCACUGCAUUGCUUGUAAUGUGAGCUGUACUGGAGUCUCAGUACUUUACGCUGCUGUUAUUGUCUAUGAUUGUACCCAAGUCUUUGUGUGUAUUACUUGUUUUCUGUUUUCCAGUUAGCAGGGACCAGGACUACACUUUUAAUCAGCAACGGUUUACAAUCUGCUACAUGCUAAUUAUUAAAUCCAAGCAAAAACAAUUGGAAUGUUUCUGAAUAACCGUCUGUCCAUCAAUCCAGGGAGAUUUAAGAGAAUUGAGCAAUUGUCACAGUGUUUUAAACACAUAAACACACUCUGUGUUUGCUUGAAGUCAGAAGGGUCGACAGGUUUGAUGUAGCUCAAAGUUUAACAGACUGAAUCACUAUUCAAUGUAAAACUUUUCAAUGUCGCCUACCUUUAUUCUAUUGAAUUGUUUCGGCAUGACUGCUGCUUGCAUGCCCUGCCUUUAUGAAGUGUGCACAGUAGCUAUGAGCCUUUCUAGAGAUAUUAAUGAAAGCGUAUACCUUUAAAAAAUACAGAAGGAAUGUAUAUUUAUUGAAUACCUUUGUUAGUGCACACUACUGAAUUAUAUGAGCACUAUGUUUUUACUCUU